AUGUCCGCCGGAGAAGCGGCUCCGGCCGCCGCUGCUGCUGCUUCUCCGCGGCCGGCGCUUCUGGUGCACGGCGCGCUGUGGGGGCUGCCUUCCGCGUGCCCCUGCUGCAUCCGCGCGGAGGCGUACCUCUCUCUCGUCCUCCCACCUUCGCUCCUCUCCCCGCCCCCCUACCCCGUCUCUUACCCCCUCUCCCCCACCCCCCCCAUAUCCCCGUCCUGCAUCCCCGUCAUCCCUCCCCCUUCCAUUCCCCCCCGACCCCUCCCAGCCACCCUCUCGUCUCUCCCCUUUUCGAGCCCAUUUAUUUUCGCCACGAUUUUUGCCAAUCUAAUCAGUCGCAUCCCUUAUGCACCCCGCCCCUAUCCGCCCGAUCCAGGCGACCUCCCCGCGCUCGAGGAUUACCCCUCCGCGCCCGCCCAUCCCCCCCCCGCGCCCGACCAGCCCUCAUCCUCCUCCGCGCCCCCACCCGACUCUCCCGCUGGCGCUUCCUCAUCUCCCCCUCCCGCUGAUCCCGCCGAUUCGCAAACCCCUGCGUCCGCCGAUACUGCCGCUUCCGCCGACACCCCCCCCGCGGGAUCUUCCGCCGCGCCCUGCGCGCGUCGCUCCUCCCCGCGCCCGGUGAUUGCGCUCUCCUCCGCGUCCGCCUCCGCCGUAGAGGACUACCUCCGCGCGCACCGCGGGGUGGACCUAGACGCCGCGCUUUCCCCCGUAGAGCGCGCCGAGCUGACUGCGCUGCGCGGACUGGUGGAAACCACCCUCUCCGCGGCCGCGCAGGCGGAACUAUGGGGGGAGGAGCGCAACCGUGCUGCCCUUCGGGAAAUGUUUGACUCCGCGGUGCCCUGGCCGCUCUCCCGCGCGCUGUUGUGGAGAGAAGCGCGGAACCAGGGAUGGGGGGAGGCGGAGCGGAAGGCGCAGCAGGGGGAGGGCGGGGGAGACGGCCGGAGUAGUGGCGCGGGAGCGGCGCUGGCGCGCGCUGGCGUGCGGUCGAGGGAAGAGGUGCGCGGAAGGGGUUUUUGGUGGUUCCCCUUUCCCACCCUCCCGCUAUUCCCUCCCUCCCAUCCCUCACCCCCCUCCCCUCCCUCCCCUCCCCUCCCUCCCCUCCCUCCCCUCCCUCCCCUCCCUCCCCUCCCUCCGCUGCAACGCUUAAACCCUGAACCCUCCCAUCAGCUCUUUGCACGAGCAGCAGCGGCAUACUCGGCGCUCGCCAGUCGCCUGGGGGACGCACCUCUCUUCUUCGACCCCAGGCAAGCCAACAAGUCUAGACGCUGCUCUCUACGCACAUCUCAUCUUCGUCACACAGGCUCCACUGCUGCAGCAGCUGGUGGCGUCGCACUCACACGCCUCUUCGCACUCCCUUUGUGCCCUGGCAUGGACUUGAAACUUCACUCCAUCCUCGCCUUUACAUCCACUAUCCCCUUCCAUUCCUUAUCCUCCCCUGUCUCCAACCCACUCCUCCCCCACCCCCCCCCGCUUUCCCCGCUGCAGUCGCAGCUGCAGGAGCUGGCACAGUCGCAGCUGCAGCAGCUGGUACUAUCCCAUGCGCCUCUCCGCGCCUUCCUCUCAGCCAUGACCAACCGCCUUACCGCUGCCCGCGCUGCGCUGCGAGCCGGCUCCGCCGUUCCGCCGCCUCUCUCACGGCCCUUUGCACCGUCCACAGGAGCAGCAGGCAGGAAGGAGUCUCGCUCGGCUCAAUCAUCCACUGAAAGCAGCAAGCCGCGGUCCACAGCAUGGCUGUUCGUGCUCGCACAGGUGGCUGCUAUCCUUGGGUACAUUGUUGUGUCGUCUGUUUCACUAGAACUAGGAGAGGAUGAGGAGGAGGAGGAGGAGGUUGAGGAGACGGAGAGUGGGAGGAGGCAUGGGGUUUCGGGGAGUGCGAGGGGAGGUUUGAGAGGGGAAGAGGUGGGGGAGGAGGAUGGUGGUGCUGAAGGGGAGGAUGGGGAAGAGGAUGGCGAUAUUGAUGAUGAUGAUGACGAUGAGUAG